AUGAAAAUUCCAAUUCAAUUGUUUAUCGCAUUCGUACACACUUGUUCUUUUGUCGCGGCUCAGCUCAGUAUGUCGACCACAACAAUUACAGAAGUUGAUGUUUUUACUUCGUAUUACUGUGUCAAGCAAAUAUCCUCAUCCAAAAUUUUGACAACUGAGCCAUCUACUUCAUCGAAAAUUGAAAAGCGUUCUUCGACUGUGCACUCAUCUUCUCCGGUAACGAUAAGUUCUACCCAAGUUAGCACACCUCUUCUCUCAAGUUCCAAAACAGAGAAGUCUUCUAGUUCCACAACUUUGAUGCCAAAACAGCCUAGUGUUAGUCAAUCUUCAAGCUUCCCUAAAACUGAAUAUUCAACCCAUUCUUCGUCAAGUAAAAUUUCCUCUUCAAUAGUUAGCAUCAAGACUUCUUCCCACCCUUCCACCGAUGAUUCGGACCGCCGCUCGAGUUCUGUACCUCCAUCUAGUUCGGCAACUCCUUUUGUUCCCCCCACACACUCGUUGAUCUCAUCAAGCUUAGCGUCUCCCUCGAUUCCUGUUGUUUCGUCUUCGGUGCCUGUGCCUUCUUCAUCGGUUCCUGAAGUUCCAUCCUCCGUUUCUGCAGUUUCAUCUUCGGUUCCUGCUAUUCUAUCGUCAGUUCCUGAGACAUCGGGUACCUACCAUAGUGUACCAAAAUCUUCCACCACUCCCACUGAAGCCAAAUCGUCAUCGAGCCCACCUAUUGACAGAGUGGUGACAUCCUCAAGUGCCGUUACUGUAUCCUCGCACCGCACAUCCUCCUCGUCGAUAUCGGUCUCCAAGAUCUCUCACCCAAGUUUAAUUGACUCUACCACUACAAGUAUCAAAAUCUCUCUCAGCACUGUUAUUUCAACGAUAACAUCGUGUGUGUCUGAUAGAUGCAAAACUUGGACUUCUGUUACAAGCAAACCAACGCCACCAACAUCCCGGGUUUCCUCCAGUAGUAGCAACUCUACCCAUUUGUCGAGUACCAGCAAAUCUUCACAGAGUCGGAAAACGAUCGAAACCACGGGUACCACAAGUAAGACCCGUUCACUAGCCUCCUCAAGCGGGAUAGUUUCCAUUACAACACAAUUCACCACUUCCCACGAGAGUGUCAGUGAAAGAAAAAACAGUACAAGUUCUACCACUCCUUAUUCAUCUCAGGUCAUCAUUACGUCCACUAGUAUUGUAACUGAACCUCACUCGAGAUCUGUAACGACGAAGACUGUUUCUUCCUCCUCUUCAAUUUCAAAAAAUGUAACCACGGAACCACCACACUUGAACAGUUACACUCCCACCACAAUAAACGUACCUCCCUCUACUACUAGCUACGUCAAUGUCUUUGAAGGUGCCGCGCCAAGGGUGGUUUCCCUGAGACAUAACAUUCUUCUGCCCAUGAUAAUGGCGUUCUUCGUGUAG